AUGGGAACUGAUGAUAUGACAGUGAUGAGAGAACCUCACGCGCGUGUGAUAGAGAAUAUUGUCACUAUUAUAUGGAGUAUCUGGAAAGCUAGAAACCUUAAGUUGUGGCAACAAGUGACAGAUUCACCCACAACAAUGAUGGUAAGAGCUAUCCAUCUUUUAGAAGGUUGGAGAAGUGCUAAUCGUAAGCAAAAUCCGUCUAAUCAAAGUCACAUUGAUACCACUCUUCCUCGCAAUCACAAUAACCAGGUAGUAGAUGGAGAUUCAAACAUCAGAUGGAGGAAACCUAGAAGUGGCAGACUCAAGUGUAACGUUGAUGCCUCCUUUUCAGACGUCAACAACAAGAUUGGUUUGGGCAUGUGUAUUAGAGAUUCAACAGGAUUCCAUGUCCGAUCCAAAAUUAUGUGUUUCUCUCCGUUGUGCUCUGUUGAUGUUGGAGAGGCGCUGGGACUGUAUCAUGCAAUUCGGUGGAUCCAUGAACUUCAACUCAAAAAUGUUGAUUUUGAAGUUGACUCGAAACGAGUAGCGGAUUAUUUCAACAAAGGCCGUGGAGAUGUCACCGAAUUUGGUUCCAUAAUGGACAGUAGCAUCCAUUUUUGUCGGUCAUUUUUAACAAAAUCUCAUGUCGAGUUUACUAGGAGGCAAGCGAAUGAGGUUGCACAUACUCUAGCUAAGGCAGCCACAUCUAGUUCUAGCUUCCGUAUCUUUGAUGAAAUCCCAACAUGUAUUACUGAAUUAAUCUUUUAUGAAAUGAUUUAA